AUGAGGGCCCUGGAAUGUGUGCCCCCUUGGCGGUUGACAUGUGCCUUGGAGGCCACAUUGUCGGUCAAGAUCAGAACGUGUUUGAGACCAGUUGAACAGCCGCCUCCAUCACAUCAACAACCUCAUCAUGCCCAGCCAAGUAACCCUGUUUAUCAUCAGCAGCCAUCACAACAACCAGCCUCUCAGUCCUAUGGCUUUAAGGAACCAGCAGCACCAGUGUCAAUACAGCGUAGUGCCCCAAGUGGAGGAGGAAAACGGUUCCGUGCAGUCUAUGAUUACAGUGCAGCCGAUGAAGAUGAGGUCUCCUUCCAGGAUGGUGAUACCAUAAUCAAUGUGCAGCAAAUUGACGAUGGCUGGAUGUAUGGCACCGUUGAACGGACCGGUGACACAGGCAUGCUUCCAGCUAACUAUGUGGAGGCUAUAUGAGCUCUGUUGUAGUGCUACCCUGAAAGCCAGCAGGGCAAGGGCUCUUUGGGGUUUUUGUUCCCUUAUUACUUCUUUGCUCUAUCUUGUUACCCAUCAUUUAUUAUGUUAUGAAUCUUUGAAAUGGUCAUCUUUUUCUCUACCAAUUUAGCCUUGAUUUGGAGGCAUACGAACUUGGGAGGGGUAUCAUGUAAUUGCCCUUCCAUCCUUUUCCUCAGCCUUCAUGGAACAUAGCACUGUGCCCUUCUCCCUCUUCCUGGAGCUGUAUUUUUUAGAAUUGAUACUUAAUUAAAUAAAUCCUACUUCAAUUGCUACAUGGAUUGGGAAGUAGUGUGGGAAGGUUUAAAAGAUGUUUAUUUGGCUGGUGGGGAAGGAGGGGAAUGUCACACUUUCAGUAACUUGGGGAAAAUCUGAGCAAUUUACUGAAAAAAAUUAUCAGGAUCUCUGCAAUGUUGACUCUUGCUCAUUUAUUCUAUCUAACUUUCUGUGAAUUUUAAAAUAUCCAUUUGAAAGAAAUGAAAGUAUUUGUCAAAAGGUUUUUGUGGACUCAAAGCAGUGAGCAUAUAUAUAGUCUAUAUGGAAGGUAUGGACGCUGCAGCAGUUUCUAACAUAAAGGUACUCUGUACAGAUGGAAUAGUUUAGCACAACAAUCCUCAAUCUUUGCAGACUGGUAGGGAUGGGCAAGGGAUAGGAAAUCAUUACGCGCAAGUGGUUAGUGAACACGUGUGCGCAGCCCCAUUUGUACGAGUGGCGGGCACAUGUGCCUGCUGCUCAAAUGGAGCUGCGCCAUACUCAUGCAAAUAUAGCUGUGCAUGCACAUUUGCCCACCACUUCCAUGGCCCGGUUCCGAACGAGUUAAGGCCCGGUAGUGGGCCAGGGAUUGGGACCCCUGGUUUAGCAGGCUUGAUUAGCGUUGCCUCUUAGAUGCCAUGACUCAGUCAGAGUAGAUUUCUAGUUCGUUCCGAUAUGUGGCUUGAUUGGACAGCAGUCAGAAGAAUGCUCAUGAAGAGUUGCCACUAGACCAUUUAACCUGCCUAUCUCGAAGAUGUCAAGAAAAUUCAGUUGCCUUUUUCAAAGCACUUUUGAAACAACUAUGAUCAGGAUAGAGGCUCCUUUUUCCCGACUUCUAACUCUUGUUGGUAUUUAAUGUGUGGAAAUAGGCAAAUUCCCCAAAUUUCCCUGUAUCAGCCCUAGCAAAAAGAAUCACACUUUCUACAGAGGUGCUAUCUUUGGGACCACAUUUUUGUUUUUCAUAAGUUUCUGUUCAAAGUAAAUUCUUGUAUGAGGGAUUUUUUUUUAACUAGGACUCAAAAUCUUGUCAGCUAGUAGGCAGAUUAAGAAACAUCUCCCUC